AUGUCAAGCGGCUCGAACGUGACAGGGAACAUCAGCAGCCCCGGAGAUGGGAGCGACUAUUACACCCUCACUCAGAUAAUCAUCAUCGCCAUCGUUACGGCCAUCCUUAGCGUGACCACAGUCAUCGGCAACAUCAUGGUCAUGAUCUCCUUCAAGAUCGACAAGCAGCUCCAGACCAUAUCCAACUAUUUCCUAUUCAGGUAA